AUGGCAAAACUCUACCAUAUGCAAAUUUUCUUCAUAACAACCCUAGUCUUAGCCUUCUGCUUCUUCUUCUCGGAAGAAGCUAUGGCAGAUGAAGGAACUGCUACCUUCUACACUCCUCCAUACGUCCCAUCUUCUUGUUAUGGAAAUUCAGAAGAAGGUGUGAUGAUUGCAGCAGCAAGUGAUGCUCUAUGGGACAAUAGAGCAGCCUGUGGAAGACAGUAUAGGGUGAAAUGCCUGAGCGCAACCAAUGAAGGCGAUCCUCACCCCUGUAAUGGUAACUCAGUGGAGGUCAAAAUCGUUGACUAUUGUCCCUCCCCGGCUUGUCGGGGCACCAUUGAUUUGUCUGAAGAAGCUUUUGCCUCCAUUGCCAACACCGAUGCUGGAAAAAUUAACAUUGCCUAUGAUCGGUAA